UCAGAUUCAAACGGAUUCAGAAGAAAUGUGGAAGAAACCACAACACAUCUCCAGGAGGCUGCUGCUUUCAGCUCCGCUGUAAGUGGAGACAUGCUGACUGAACAAGCGGACCACGAGCGGCGCCAGGACCGAGCCAGGCGUAAAGAUGGUGGGCAGAACCAAGCAGAUCCGUGGGCAUCGCACCCGAAACCUGCGGCCGCUUCCAGCAAGAACACAGAGGACGCCAUCACGAGGCUGAAGGAGCCCUUCCUGCAACGGACGGAGCAGUGGGGGGGAGCGAGAGGGAGGAGGAGGGAGGAGGGAAAAGGAGAAGGAAGAGAGGAGUCAGACAGGCUCCGAUGGAGAAUCCAACAGCUGGAGCGAGACAAGCUGGAGCUAACAUCACUCCACAACCAGGAGACAGCUGCUGUUCAGUCUCAGCUGGCCCGGCUGAGGGCUGAUGUGGAGCGGGGCGAGGCUGAGAGACAGACUCUGGAGUACCAGCUGGUUUUGUCCAGAAGAGAAGUGGACCAAGUAGCAGCUCUCACCAAACACAACCACAAACUGACCGUGCGGGCUGCAGAACUGCAGCAGAGUGUGGCCGACUUACAGAAGGUUCUGGACAUCACGCGGCAGGCCAGAGAAGACGACCAGAAUGCUUUGCAACAGGAAGUGGAAGAGCGUGAUAGAUUGGUGCUGAGCUCCAUCGCUGAGAACGACAGACUGACCACCGAAAACCAACGACUGCACCAGCUCCUGCAGGCGCAAGAGGAGGCCCUGGAGGCGCUGAAGAGGAGGAUAGUGGAGGUGGAAAAGGAGCGAGAGAAGGAAGUGGAGACUGUCCAGCGUCAGAUCAGUGACCUGAAAUACCUGAAAGACAGACAGGAGAGGAGCGCCAGCCAGCUCGAGCUGUCUGAGCAGAAGGUGAAGACUCUGGAAUCCAACAUUGAGGCAGAGCGGGCGGCUCAUCUGGAGUCUAAAUUCAACUCUGAGAUCAUCCAGCUUCGUGUCAGGGACCUGGAGGCUGCAGUGUCAGUAGAAAAGUCUGGCCACCAGGAGGCGCUGUCCAGCCUGGACCUGCUCAGAGAUCGGUUCAGAGAGGUAGAGAGAGCUUACAACCUGGAGAGAGAGAAGGCCAUCAGCACCACAGACACGCUAGACAAGUUGCAGAAGGAGUACCAGCAGAGUAAAUCAGACCUGAGCAUCGCCUUAGAAACAGAAAAGGCGGCGACCUUUGAGCUUUCCAGCAGACUGGAAGAAGAACAGAGACAACAUGCAAAUACACACUUGCUGCUGGAGCAGGCCAACCAGAGACAGUCUAGUAUAGAAAAGGCCUAUAAGAACUGUAUGAAGCAAAUCAGAGAGAUCCUGAAACUGCACGCCAGCAACACAGGCUCUCCAGUCUAUGGUUCUCCGGGUAGAGACAGUGUUCAAGCCAGUCAGUUCACUUUGGUUUUGGACUUUCUUAGAGCAACUCUCAGCACCUACCAACACAGACUGGACCUCACUAGCAAGGAGGUCCAGGAUCUGCUUUGUGCUUCAGAGAAACUUGAAGAGAAGAACCAAACGCUCUGCCAGAUCAACUGGGACCAGAAGAGACAGAUUGAGGGGUCUCAUCUCCAGCUCACCACCCUGAAAGAAGAAGUGCUGAGUUUACGCCAGGAGAGCUCCGGUUGGUCGACACAGAACAACAGUCUCCGCGAGGAGUUACGGAUGGCUGAGGUCACCCUGGAGCAAGAGAAGAAGAGACGGCAGGAGGAGAGAGAGAGAGAAAGAGAGGAGAUGGAGAGAGAGAAACAGGAAAGAGAGCGAGAAAAGCAGGAGAUGGAUAGAGAGAGAAAAGAGAGGACUGCAGAGGUCAACAGAAUCACUGACCUUCAUCAGAAAGAAUCUCAGGACCGUCUCUCCUUCCUCUAUUCUCUAUACCAGCGUCUCGUGGCAGGCUGUGUUCUCCUGGACCACUCCCAAAGCAUUGUGGGUACUUUCUCCUGGGUAGAGCUGUGUGGGGUCAUCACUGAACAGGCCAACCAGCUGACCUCUGACCUCAGGAAGGCCAAUGACCAGAUCGCCCACCUGGAGAGUGUGUGUGAGAGCAAGAGGGUGUGUGUGCAGGACCUGCAGCGGAGUCAGGAGUGUGUGUUGUCUCGUCUGGAGGAGAGUAUGAGGCAGAAAGAGCUGGUCUGGAGCUCCCACCGCAGGGAGCUGGAGGAACAACACUCCCACCUCCUGUCACAGCUGCACAGCAAGACUGAGCGUCUCUCGUCUGUGGAGCGUGACCAUUCGGUCCUGUCCUCCAACCUCUCCAAGCUCCGAGGUCUCCUCUCUCACAGCCGUAAGGAGUCAGCCUCUCUCCGGUUAGCCUGCGUCCUGCUGGCCGGCGCCCUCACACACACCUGCGGCCGUGUGCGCACACUCAGCCAGCAGAAAAGCCUGCUGUCCAAACGGCUGGCGGAGCGCGAGGCCCUGGAGGGGGAGGUGAGGAGGUUGGCCUUAGCUUUGGGAGAGGAGGCGGAAGAGAAGGGCGGGAGAGGAGGACAGGAGAGAGGGCGGAGGCGCUGGCGGAGAGGUGUGUGCGCUGUGUUGGCAUUAAGGAGAAUGUGUGUGUUGGCGCGGCACUCCAGCGUGCUGUUUCGGCUGGACACACACGCACAGGUUGUGAGUGUGUGUGUGUGCGGAGAGCCGGCUACUGCAGCAGAGGAAGGACACAUGGCUCCGACCACAGAUAAGAAAGAUGAUGAUGACGGCGGUGAAGAAGGUCGAGGGGGGGUUUGUGUUCGCUGGCUUCGUUCCAAACAUCUGUCCUCUAUCCUACUCUCCUCCAUGACCGAGCUUCAGAGGGCACUAGCAAACAAUGGUUCCUCCCAUUUAGAGGUGAUGUCAGCAGCUCGUUCCGGGACGUCCCGCCUCUUGGAACACCUUUUAAACCAAUCAGACGGGGUCUCCAGUGUCACUUCCUUCAACCUGCCCUAUGAAGGCAGCGAAUCCACAUUAGCCAGCAGGCUUAGCCGAGGUCUGAGCCUGCUCAAAACACCGCAGCCCACUGGAAAGGCGCUGGUCACCAAGCUGCAGCAGCACUUCCUACUUUUCAGCCAACGGUUGCACUCAGCCGAGGUGGAGAGGCGGGACUUGAGGCUGGAGGUGGCCAAACUGAAAAGAGCAGCGAGGAGCCAUGGCGAACAGCGCCAUGAAGACCUUUGCAACAUGGUCCCGGUGGAGCGGUUCGAUAGUGUGUGUGUGGAGUUGCGACAGGCUCUGAACAGAGAGGAUGAGGCUCAGGUUCUGCUUAAGGAACAGUCUGCUCAAAUCCACACACUCAGCCUCCAACUCAACACACACAAUGUCCAGAGCACAGACACACAACACACCGUCAACCAGGCUGCACAGUCUCUGUCACAGUGUCGUCAGGAGUUGCGUCGUAAGGAGCAGUCGCUGAGGAUUCUGGGAAAACACCUGUCAGAAGUACAGAGGGAGAAGGGAGAGGUGGAGGAGAGACUGAGACACACAGAGGAGGAGCUGAGAGCCGCACGCCAGAAAAAGGAAGCAUUGGUCAACUUUAUGAAGACUGCGGAGACCAUCUACAGAGAAGUCAGAGACAGCAUCAUCCAAUCACGUUGCGUGAUGUCAGCUCAGCCCCUCCCCCCACAGUUACCCAGAGUGACAGGAGCAGAGAGGAUCAUGGGAAGUUCUGAGAUGGCAGCGUGUCAGAGUCUACUGUCUGCUGUCUCAGAGCUCUACCAUGCAGCCAGCUCCAGGAUUGGCUGGCUGGAAGAGGAAGUGUCCGCCCACCACAAACAUGUGACAGCCCUGCGCAGCGAGCUGCAGGACGCUUGUCUCCGUGACAACCUGGCCUUCAUCCCUGUGGCUGAAUACUCAGGUGCUCCCCCAUUGGUCGACCCAGAUGCCCAUCACACAAUCCAACUCAGUGAUUCAUUGAGCGAUCCACCAGUCAAAUGCAGCCCCUCCUCCCCUAAACCCCCCAGGAGGACCCGGGAGGACAAAGCCAUGAAGAAGAGAACAGGAAGCAACAAGAACCCAGGCAGGAAAUGGAAAGACUGACAAAAUGUGUGUGUGUGUGUGUGUGUGUGUGUGUGUGCUGUUGUGUAGUUGUUGAUUUAAUCAGCUGUGAUUCUUGUAUGGAUUAAUAAAGUUUUUAUGAUUUUGA